CCGCCGUCAUCUGGGCCCGGCUCGUCCCCAGUCGCCCGACCGGCAGUGAUGGCGUCUCUCACCGUGAAGGCCUACCUUCUGGGCAAGGAGGAGGCGGCCCGCGAGAUCCGCCGCUUCAGCUUCUGCUUCAGCGCCGAGGCCGAGGCGGAGGGCGCGGCCGGGCCCGGGCCCUGCGAGCGGCUGCUGAGCCGGGUGGCUGCCCUGUUCCCGGUGCUGCGGCCCGGCGGCUUCCAGACGCACUACCGCGAUGAGGAUGGAGACUUGGUGGCCUUUUCCAGUGACGAGGAACUGACCAUGGCACUGUCCUAUGUGAAGGAUGACAUCUUCCGUAUUUACAUUAAAGAGAAGAAGGAUUGUCGGCGGGACCACCGCCCCCCGUGUGCUCAGGAGAUGCCCCGCGGCCUGGUGCACCCCAACGUGAUCUGCGACGGUUGCAAUGGGCCAGUGGUAGGGACCCGCUACAAGUGCAGUGUCUGCCCAGACUACGACCUGUGCGCUGCCUGCGAGGGGAAGGGCCUGCACCGGGAGCACAGCAAGCUGGUUCUCCCUGCCGCCUUUGGGCCCUUCCCUGAGGGCUUCUCUCACAGCCGCUGGCUGCGGAAGCUGAAACAUGGGCACUUUGGGUGGCCUGGCUGGGAGAUGGGCCCACCAGGGAACUGGAGCCCGCGUCCUCCCCGGGCAGGGGACGCCCGGCCCAGCUCUGCAGCAGAACCAGCUGCUGGUCCGGCGGAGGAUCCCAGUGUGAAUUUCCUUAAGAACGUAGGGGAGAGUGUGGCGGCUGCCCUGAGCCCUCUGGGCAUCGAAGUGGAUAUUGAUGUGGAACACGGGGGAAAAAGAAGCCGCCUCACCCCCGUCUCUCCAGGCAGCUCCAGCACCGAGGAGAAGUGCAGCUCUCAGCCGAGCAGCUGCUCUUCAGACCCCAGCAAACCGGAUGGGGACCCGGAGGGCGUGGCGCAGUCCUUGGCGGAGCAGAUGGACAAGGUUGCCCUGGAGUCAGGGCCGCCCGAGGAGCAGAUGGAGUCGGAUAACUGCUCGGGAGGAGACGAAGACUGGACUCAUUUGUCUUCAAAGGAAGUGGACCCGUCUACAGGGGAACUCCAGUCUCUACAGAUGCCUGAAUCUGAAGGGCCAGGCUCUCUAGACUCUUCCCAGGAAGGGCCCACGGGACUGAAGGAAGCUGCGUUGUACCCGCAUCUGCCACCAGAGGCUGACCCCCGGCUCAUCGAGUCCCUGUCACAGAUGCUGUCCAUGGGCUUCUCCGACGAAGGCGGCUGGCUCACCAGGCUCCUGCAGACCAAGAAUUACGACAUCGGGGCGGCUCUGGACACCAUCCAGUAUUCGAAGCACCCGUUGUGACGGCUUCUGCGCCCGGUCCCAUCCCCCUUCUUGUCUCCUGGUUGUGUUGAGCUAGUGUAGAACAGCAGGGCCCCUCUCAGGGCCAGUUUCUCUGCAUUCUUCCAGAAUCUGGGGGUGGGGAUGCACCAAGCCAUCCAGGGCAGUAACGCAAGUGACGGGAGGGGGAGGCCCAUGUGUGUGGCUGCUGAUGUCGGAGAAGCGUCUGCCGGCUCGGCUCCUGUGGGUGGACGAAGAGUCCUUGCUGGGAGGACACGGAGGCCCGAUGGCCUUCUGCUGCUCUCCCCCCACCAGGAUCACACCAGCAGUCCAGAAUGUCUUGCCUAAUGGUCUAUGCUUUUUCUUUUUUUAAUGACUAUAAUAGUAAGCUGACCUAUAGUUGAUUUUCACCGGAAACCUGAUCGGCUCCAAGUUCAGAGUGAGGACAGCAGACAUUCUGUCAGGUGGGGCAAGAGUGAGGAUGGGGAGGACAGGGCAGACAAGGCAGUCCAAGCCUGGGCUUCUUGAAUCUGUGACUGAGGAGGGGCUCAGAGGGGGAGGCUGGUGCUCACAGAAUACCGCCUGUUCCAUAACCACUCUAAUUCUCUCACUUUUGAAUAUGGCUGUUGCUUUCACAGUAAGAAAACCCGUUUGUAACCAUUCUGUUGCUGUGUUGCAAACAAUCUGUAAUUAAAUGGUAUAAGCACUUUAAUCAAAGAUGUUGCAACCAGA